AUGGUUUGGCAACACGGCGAUCACCAUGAUAUUCCAAGUCAAUAUCGCGUCCACAAGCCGGGCGCCUGGCUUCCAGCGGAUCAUCGUGUUCACAGGGAAUAUCUUCGCCGCGUAACUCAUCACGUCGACAAGCACCCUGACGAAAAAUUAACCCCGGCUCUGCAAGAGUUUAAAGAACUUAUUGAAGGCAACAGCCGAAUCUAUAUGUACUUUAUCCAGAUGUUUGAAGAGAUUCCGAACAAACGGCCGUACUGGAAGGAUCCCACAGGCACAAAGCAAAUUCGUGACUACCAGCAUAUGCUACAGGUGCUUAAUCACGUUGUCUCAAGGGCGCCGGAGUGGACAGAUGCAGCCGAAAGUGCCGGCGUGGUAGGAGUACCCUUUUGCGCGAUCCUUGAUUAUCCCAUGGGUACACCAAGUGGCUAUGCUGCAUUCUUGGACCCGGACGUGAAUAAGGCACUCAAAAAGGUUUUGAAUGAAUGGGGCAAGUUUCUAGAGACGCCAAAAUCAGCAGAGGCCUUGGGUGACCACAAGCAAGGCUGGUUUGGCGAAACUGGCCUAAACGAUGUUAUGCAAGUUGCGAAUGCUCCUUUGAAGUCAUCCAUGAAAUUUGAAGAAAUGUUUGUAUGCGAGCCAUCAGCAAAGUACUACGGCUACAAAUCUUGGGAUGACUUCUUUACACGCAAAGUACACGAUGAUGCAAGGCCUGUGGCAUCCCCAGAUGAUGACAACGUCAUUGCGAAUGCAUGCGAAUCCAAGGUGUUCAACGUUCAACGGAACGCGCAACUGCGAGACAGGUUUUUUGCCAAGGGCCAGCCUUACUCAGUGCUUGAUAUGCUAGCCCACGAUCCACUGGCUGAACAAUUCGCGGGAGCAACGGUUUAUCAAGCUUUUCUGUCUGCCCUUUCUUACCACCGCUGGCAUUCUCCCGUUUCGGGAACGAUUAAGCGCGCGUUUGUCCAGGACGGCACAUACUUCAGCGAACCUCUGUUUGAGGGUGUUGCAGAUCCUAACAAUCAUGGGGAAAUCGAUACGAAAGGCAUUACAGUUGGUCAGGGCUACCUCUCCGCGAUGGCAACCAGAGGCAUCAUUUUCAUUGAAGCAGAUAAUCCUGCAAUUGGCUUGAUGGCAUUUAUCGCUAUUGGCAUGGAUGAAGUCAGCUCGGUCGAUAUUACGGUGAAGGAGGGGCAACAUGUGAAGAAAGGCGACCAGACCGGCAUGUUCCACUUUGGUGGUUCGACGCACUGCUUGCUAUUCCGCAAGGGGGUUAAGGUAUCUGAUUUCCCCGAGGUCGGAAGGAACGAAAACGUUCCAGUGCGUAGCAAAGUCGCUGUCGUUAAACCCUAG